GACGCUUCAAUCUAUUUCCCAGACUGUGAAGCAAUCCAGACACAAAUGCCCGGUACGAAAUUAGCAGAAGGAACUUAUGCAAUUCGUCCCGGGAAUCUUUCAAGACCCAUCAUUGCAUGGUGUGUCUUUCCGGAUAACAACCCAUGGGACAAAAAUGCUGUGGAACAAACUUCUAGAAAUGAAUCUUGGGUUGUCAUUCAAAGGAGAGUGUCAGGGAACAUCCAGUUCUUCAGGGAUUGGCAAGAUUACAAGUUUGGCUUCGGAAACCCAGCAGGCGACUUUUGGCUAGGAAACGCUGCCUUGCACGAGUUGACGAACCAGGCCAACUACUCUCUCCGAUUUGAAAUUAUCGACGUGGACGGGAACUUCUUCGUCGCGGACUAUGCCGGGUUUCACGUGGGUGCGGAAUCCGACGGGUUCCGUCUCCACGUGUCCGGGUUCUCGGGCAACCUCAGCGACUCCCUGGGCUACCAUUCGGGCAUGCGAUUCAGCACGCCGGACGUGGACAAUGACGCCUCCAGCACCCAUUGCGCCCACUACUACCAAGGUGGUUGGUGGUACUCGCAUUGUCAGUACGUCAACGUCAAUGGCAGGUUCGACACCGGCAGGACCUGGUACGACGCU